AGGGAGAAAAAGCAACGUGUCAGAUCUCUUUUUCUCUCUCUGAGAAUUUUGAUUUUGUUGUUGUCAAAAAGAAUAAAAAGGAGGAGGAGGAGGAGAAAAAGGGAGAGGAGUUUUUUUAGUAGCAGCGAAAAUGUCGGAGGGGAGGGACCCGGCGAUCAAGCUUUUCGGGAAGACGAUUCCGCUGCCGGAGGUCCCGCCGUUGCUGAGAGAAUCCACCGUCGCGGCGGCGGCGGAGGAGGAAGUCGUCGCGGCUCCGGAUCCGGGUUCGGAUGCUGACCGUGUUUCGUCUUCGUCCAACUCGUCCUCGCCGCCUGGAGGAGGAGUCAAUGAUAAUAAAGACGGUGAAGAAGAGAAAGAGGUCAAUAAGGACACAUUGGGAGAAAAAGCAAUUCAGAAUAAAGAGGGAGAUGAAGUCCUACCUUUACCUUCUGAAGAGUUGAUGAAUCCAGACGCAGCAUCAAGAAUAGGUGAAAGUCCUAAAGCACCCGUUGACAAGGAGACUGCUGCACUCAAAACUUUCAAGGCCGAAGAAGAACAGAGCGAGACAAGUAAUUCACAAGAAAAGACCCUGAAGAAGCCAGACAAAAUUAUUCCAUGCCCCCGCUGUAAUAGCAUGGACACCAAGUUCUGUUACUACAACAACUACAAUGUCAACCAACCCCGGCACUUCUGCAAAAACUGCCAGAGAUAUUGGACAGCUGGUGGGACUAUGAGAAAUGUGCCAGUGGGUGCUGGUCGUCGUAAGAAUAAGAAUACCCCUUCUCAGUAUCGCCACAUAACUGUCUCUGAAGCUCUCCCGAAUGCUCGACCUGAUGUUCUAAAUGGAGCCCACCAUCCUUCAGUACAAUCUAAUGGCACUGUCCUGACAUUUUGCUCAGACACGCCCCUUUGCGAGUCAAUGACCUCUGUUCUUCAGCUUGCUGAUAAGAACGUACAGAACCGUACUCCCAAUGGAUUUCACAAACCAGAAGGAUUAAUUGUUCCAGCUUCUUAUGGGGGCGGAGUAAAUGGAGAUGAUCAUUCGAAUAGAUCUACGGUCACAGAUUCAAAUUCAAAGGAUGAGACAUCCAAACCCGGGCCACAAGAGCAAGUUAUGCAGAAUUAUCCUGGCUUCCCGCCUCAAAUACCAUGCUUUCCUGGUGCUCCUUGGCCUUACCCGUGGAACCCUGCUCAAUGGAGCUCUCCAGUCAGUCCACCUGCUUUCUGCCCUCCAGGGUAUCCUAUGCCCUUUUACCCUGCAGCUGCUUAUUGGGGUUGUGCUGUACAAGGCACUUGGAACAUGCCUUGGCUUCCUCAGCCAUCAUCUCCAAACCAAACUGCUCCAAGUUCUGGUUCUAACUCUCCGACUUUGGGGAAACAUUCGAGGGAUGAGAACCCUCUGAAACAAACCAGCUCUGAGGAAGAGGAGACAACAAAAGAAAAGAAUGCCGAGAGAUGCCUUUGGAUUCCGAAAACAUUGAGGAUUGAUGACCCAGGAGAAGCAGCAAGAAGCUCUAUAUGGGCAACAUUGGGGAUUAAGAAUGAUAAAGCUGAUUCGAUUAGCAGUGGGGGACUCUUUAAGGCCUUCCGGUCAAAGGGUGAUGAAAAGAAUCACAUAGCAGAAGCCUCUCCGGUCUUACAAGCCAAUCCAGCUGCAUUAUCUAGGUCACUUAAAUUCCAAGAGAGCUCAUGAAUAUGGUAAGUUUAGGAUUUAGGAGCUCAAGAUUAGCAGUUGUCUUUGUUUCAAGUGGCGCAGACAAUUCAGCGAUGUUCAACUGCUCCUCAAAAAAUGACACCACCUCUCUACACCUGGGAAACCCAUCCAAAUGCUGAAGCUGUCAAUGGUGGGAGGAGGGUAGGAGGAUUCCCCAGCCGUGUGUCUUGGAGCUGUGAGCCAUCUUACUUUAGCUGAAAUAGCCACUGAUUUUUCCCUCUGAGUGCUAUAAUGAACAUUUGCAAUUUGUUUUCAGUUAGAUGGAUUGCUGAGUUCGUGUACAUAUAUUUACCUGUAAAAGUAAUAGCGAGAACUAGAACUAGAACAGAUCGGGUUUGUGUAGCAAAAUCCCAAAUGUACUUAAAUAAUUUGGGGAUUUUAAAUGAGACUUCCUGUUUAUUUA